ACCCAGGUAAAGCUCUCUCCUCUGUCCCAAUCCCUCAGAGACAUCCUCUCUACAGCCACACAGUACAGCCACUGAGAUAAGUGUUAUGGAAGGACCCAGGCCUGUUGUUCUGAGCGGCCCCUCGGGGGCAGGAAAGAGCACUCUUAUGAAGAUGCUGCUGAGGGACUACGAGGGAGUCUUUGGCUUCAGCGUGUCACAUACAACAAGGAGCCCACGACCAGGAGAGGUAGAUGGCAAAGAUUACCACUUCUCAAACAGGGAGGCUAUGCAGGAGGAUAUUGACGAUGGGACAUACAUUGAGAAUGCAGAGUUUUCAGGGAACCUGUAUGGGACAAGCAAGUCUUCUGUAGACGAAGUGCGGGGCAAUGGUCUCAUCUGCAUUCUGGAUGUGGACAUCCAGGGAGUGAGGAACAUCAAGCAGACUGACCUGGACCCUAUCUAUGUCUCUAUCCAGCCCCCCUCUAUAGAGAUCCUGGAAAAGCGUCUGAGGGACAGAAAUACGGAGACAGAGGAGAGUCUGCAGAAGCGUCUGGAGGCAGCACGGGUUGACAUGGAGCUCAGCAACGAGCCUGGAGUGUUUGACAUGCUUAUUGUCAAUGAUGACUUAGAGGAGGCUUAUGAGAAGUUGCAAAGUGUUCUUAUUGAGGAAAUUACUAAAGUUCAGUCAACCAAGAAAGAAAGAUGCAAUUCUAUUAUGUCAGGACCCAGGCCUGUUGUCAUAAGUGGCCCCUCGGGGGCAGGGAAGAGCACUCUGCUGAAGAAGCUGCUGAAGGACUACAAGGGAGUUUUCGGCUUCAGCGUAUCACAUACAACAAGGGACCCACGUCCAGGAGAGGUAGAUGGCAAAGGCCUGUUCAGUCUGCCUAUGCUUCUGGGAGCUACGUUACUGCCCGUAGCAGACGUCCUAUCCUCUGUUUCAUCCGCAGAUUACCACUUCACAAACAGGGAGGCUAUGCAGGAGGAUAUUGACAAGGGGGAAUUCAUUGAGACUGAUGAGUUUUCGGGCAACCUGUACGGAACAAGUAAGAGCGCUGUACAGGACGUGAGGGCCAAGGGCCUCAUUUGUAUCUUGGACGUGGAUAUCGCAGGAGUGAGGCACAUCAAGGAGACUAACCUGGACCCAAUCUACAUCUCUAUCCAGCCCCCCUCUAUUGAGGUCCUGGAAGAACGUCUGAGGGGUAGAGCGACGGAGACAGAGGAGAAAAUACAGAGCCGUCUAGAAGAAGCCCGGACUGACAUGGAGGAGUGCAACGAGCCUGGAUUGUUUGACAUUGUCAUUGUCAACGAUGACUUGGAUGAGUCCUAUGAGAAGUUGCAAAGUGUUCUUAAGGAGGAAAUGUCGGAUGUGAUUCUGAUGAAGGCCUUUCAAGGCCAAACCUGCUAUUUAAUAUCAUUUUAAUAGCGUUUAUUGGUAAUUACACAAUUGGAACAAGGACUUUGUAAUUACAAAUGCACUCGCUGAAGGUAAUUCCACACAAAUCCACUCGCUGAAGGUAAUUCCACAUGUGUAGUGACUCAUGAUCUAUUUUAUGUUAUUAUUUUAUUACACAUGUCCUUGAUCCAGUAUGCAACUAAUAUGUUUUGUAAUUAUACUUCUGGAAGUCACCUGUGUAUUACCAUGUCAAGAACUCCUACCCAAAUGGGUAACCGAGGAGACAUUAGGCAUAACCCUUUUAGUUACUUUGUACUACGCAACAACAUUUGACAACCAACAUUGUAAUUGCAAUAUUGUUAUAAAGAAUAUACAUGUAUUUACAAUGUAUUUACCCAAGAGCAAGCAACUUAAUAUGUAAUUACCGUUUUUGGAAAAGGUAAGACAUGCUUUGAUUUUGUUUACCUGGACACUAUCUCCUAAUGAUAACUUUUUAGCGUUUAUGGCAUAAAACCAAUUCAAAAUAAUCAUAAAGGAACUUUUUAGAUACACAAUCAAUUGAAGACACAGAUUUGUACAUUGUUAACAAUGUUUGUUUUUGACAAUGUAAUGUAGCUACAGGCCUAGCUACUCGUCUACAG